AGUAAAAUUCUUAUUAUUACUGUUGUGUCCACCGCCACACCCUUUUCUUACCUCCCCCCUUAACCCCCCCUCCUAUCUGGAGAAUCUGCCACCCUCUCCCGUUCGGCGCAGCCACAGUUAUGGCUACUACAUCAAACCCUGAUUUUUCCCUCUUGGUAGGUAUGGAAAUCAAGAGUGAGAGGAGAAGGUGUGAGCAGGGAGUGUGCGCGGUAUGCGUCAGGGAGCGUAAUAAGUGUGUCUGUAUAUAUAUCCCGUAGUUGCAUACCUAUCUGAACCAUGCCGAAUUAGCCCUACAGGACAAAUGUAUUAAUUAUAUCCUGUGUAUACACAUCGAGUGCAAAAAUCAAAAAUCAAAAAUCAAAAAUCAAGCUAGUUCCAGAAACCACAAACCUCGUGGAUAUCCAUUGGGGAUUGUAAAAUGAUCGACGCCCUGCAUGACCAGCGCCGUCAUGUAUCAAAUGAGAGCUGCAGGAUGAUGGAUGGGCGCGAUCUUUUCUUUCGCUGGAGUCAUAAAUGUGUUUGGCUUCCCUUUCUUCCCCGCUGGCCCUCCCCCCCCAAAAUCUGUUGCAUGAUAUGAUGAUAUUCCUUUCGGUCUGUCUCCCGGUUUCGUUUAAUGAGAAGAAGAGGGAAAAUAAAAUAAAAAAAUACACCUGUUGUGAUUCGAAUCCCGUUUCUCUGAUUCGGCAGGGAAUCUCACUUGGUUAUAUACUCCCGCUUGGAUCCGCUUAACUAUCUAUCUAUCGCUCUCGCGACCCCAUCCCAUCCCUGUCUGCCUGCUCCGUCUCAAACUGCAUUUUAUAUACCCUUAUCGUUUAACUAUCUGUGGUUCUACCAUCCUUCUCGUCGCAUCACUCACUAUUCGCCCAGCCCGGCGUUUAAAGGGGCUUCCUACUUCCCAUUCUCUACCGCAUCCUAGCCGCCCAAACCAUCCCAAUAGGAUCUUGCCAUAUUUAUUUACUUCCUCGUCAUCUCAAGGGAGAAAAAAAAACCACCUUCCAACCAACCAGCGACAGCGACUUAUCCAUUUGCUAUUGGCGAUUGCGCGAUCCAACCCACAUCGAAGACGUACAUACUGUGUACAUUCCUCAGGCAGCAGGCUGUUUGCUUUAACUGCCGCCCCUCGCCCACCCCACGGCGCAGAAAGGACGGAACGUUUGGCUCCUUUGUCUGUGAUAUUCCGCAUUUUUCGCAUCGUAUCGCAUCAUAUUGUAUCGCACCGCAUCGCACGGAGGCAAACAUCCAAGCUAGCUAGCCAGCUGCAUUGUUUUAUUCCUGGUGGUACGGUACAAUCCUGAGGAAGUGACGCAAACCCCGCAGUGGUUUUCCUUGUGUUUUCCAUGAUUUAGCUCCUGAAUUCAGCAGUUGAGCUAGAUAUCUAAAUAUAUGAGUUGGUAAGUACACUUCUUCCAUUUUGAUUUUUCAAGAGAUGUAGCAAGAGUGUCUUUUUUUUUAUUUAUUUUUAUUUAUUUUUUAUUUCUCUUUCGUUUUAAUUUCCCACAUCAUUACCAUUCUGUUCAGUUGGAGCCCUCGCUCGUUUUUGUAAUUCCUGUUUUCCGUUUACUUCUCGUUUUGUUGUUCCUCGUUCAUCCCGACUGUCUGAGUCCCCGCGUAUGAAAGCCACUUUUUUUUUUUUUUUUUGCCCCGCGCGAGAUCCGAUUUCUCCGCUCGAAGGCUUGGGGGCUGCGGUUUAACAGGACGGAGGCCCGUCCUCGCUUCGCUGAUUUUCUUUAGCGGCAGCCACAGCCAGCAGCCCAACCAAGUUGGUCAACGAGAGGAGGAGCCUCUCUUGGCGAUAUGUGCAGAUGAAGCAAAGCCUGAAUUGUGCAUCUUCUGCUUGGGCGCUGUUCUGCCAAUCGGCCCCACCCCCUUUUCUAUAGUUACUCUCCUCCAUUUGCACAGAACUUCUUCCCUGGUCAAGUUUCAGAGGCAGGUAGAAGCUGGCCAAGUGGACGACGGGUGAUUGAUGAGGCGGGGCCGGGUUGUAAUGAAACAGCUCGCAUGGGCCUGUCCUUCUCCUUUUCGACUUCUAAUAUUUUGUUCUUUCGUUGUUGUUUUGAGCCUUUGACCUUUGAAAUCUAGAAAUAUUGGGUGGUGUUUGUUGUUGGCGGGGGAGGAGGAGAAGGUGGCUAGAAAGAUCCCGUACCAGCGGGAACAACGGGCGUAUGGUACUGUACAUUACAUUACUGUACCGUCCCCGUAUAUUCAUACUGCCCCCUCCCAAUAAGCUGCCAACACGGUAAUUUAUUUGUCGUAUUUUUGGUUUUGCCCGUCUUUUUAUUUUCCGCUACCUUCCACCGCCUGUCCGGUCCCAAUUCCACUCUGUCAGCACAUCAUCGUCCAUCUUCUAUUGCCUCAUCGCAGCAGCAUCACAUCACAGCAUCACAGCAUCCGUAUAUAUUUCGUCCCCAGCGCUCCGUUUUCCCCCACCCUUGCGGUAUUCUCUCCUUCUACUGCUUAUAUGCAAUAGCUUUUUUCUGUCCAUCCCAACCCCUAUCUCCGCUUCUCCCCACUUGCUACCUCUCUUACCGCCUCUCUUUCUGCCCCCGUCUGUCAAAGCUUCUACUUGAUUUUUUACGCUGUGACUCCUCCGCCGCCCCAUGUCUUACAUCGUUGAUCAGCCAUGACAACUCCCAGCCAACUCCACACCCAUACCUGACUCUGAUAUAGUCUACAGCCUUCCGUUAUCUUGACCUUUCACUUACUCUGUGCAGUUCCAGCAAUUGCCUAACGCAACUAACUCCCUCUCCUCCCGCUCUUCUUACACUCUCUCCCCCCCUUUCAACCUCGGCAGCCUCGUUCCUAUCCACCUCGAGUUUUCCCUUCCGCCCGCCCAGUACCAAGACGCGGAAUCAUACCAUUUAAACCCCGUCUCAGUCUCUAACAUCGUUUACAUACAAAUAUAUAUUUGGUUGUGUUCUGUAACGACAGGGCUCGUUGUGAAACGCACCUUCGACCUAUUUUCAGGUACACUCCGCCCGAAGAUUGUGCGUAGUCCCUCACUGCUGGUUCGCUUUUCCUUUUCCGUUCGCUGGUUUCGAAGACCAGCACCCACAGUGUUUGGUCUUAGCGACGAGGUUCUUCGUAUACGUCUACGAUAGGCAUGGCUGAAACGACAUUUAUUAAAAACGAACCCGAAGAUCAGGGUAGUAACCCACAUCAAUUUUUGAUGUCGGGCUCCGCAUUUGGGAUGCCUAGUCCCGGCUUCGGAUCUAAUUUCGGAAACUCGGCGGCUAAUGAUGGCAUCGAUCCUUCCGAACUCACAAUGCAGAAUGGAGGUUUCUUGUCUUAUCCGUUCAACUCCCAGCAAAACUUGUCAUCCAGUUUCAACCUCGGGAACUCCAGCAUUGACACCGCAGAACUCUUGGAUCUGGACCUCAAUGUUGGGCGGGAUAACAGCCUAAGCUUUGUCCAGGAUCUGCAACGUCAACCCACUGGUAUCUCCAUGAGCCAUCAGGGUCAAAUGACGCAUGUCUACUCCAAUACCCCUGAUGGAGCGCCAAUUCAAAGCCCCUUUAUCCGUGGCAACUUCAACUAUGAGCAGUUCCGCGUGAACCAAGGACACCAGGCCACGUCACCCCAUAUGAAUGUCAAUACUCAUUUCGACCAACACUAUGCUAAUGGACGGCUAGGUUUCCACGGCGCUGACCGGAACUCUAUUGAUGCACGGAGCCCAAUGACCCCAAAAACGCCUGCGAUUGCAGGACUUAAUAUUGGAACACCGGACUCGGGUAGUUUCCCCUCACAACCAAUGCGGGCGGUCAGUUUACAGAGUCGCCACCAGAAAACGUUGUCGAAUCAAUGGGAUGGCACCCCCGGUAGCGCACAGUCAUUGAUCGAUUCUCCCAUUUCAUCCCCAGGACACCCGUCUCAUCAUACGGGAAUCUCUGAAAUAUUGAAGUCCGGAAAGCAUGCUUCAUUACCCACCAAGGUUGACUUAGUUCAUGGACAUCAUCACUCUACUAGCGCACAGAGUUUGGAAUCACAGGAGGCCAAGAGACGGCGUCGACGUGCGUCGCAUAACAUGGUGGAACGUCGGAGACGCGAUAAUAUCAAUGAACGAAUUCAGGACCUUUCUCACCUCGUCCCCCACCAUCGCCUGGAGGAUGACAAGAUUCGGAAACAGCUUGUCAAUAACUCGGCACUCGCUAAUUCUACCACUGGAUCGGGUUUGAGCCCUACAAAUGCUGCCACAUCCCUGCUUGCUGGAGGAAGCGGACGUCGAGCCGCGGCUGGAAACAUCACCAUGGGCUUGCCGAUUGAAGAAAAGGAGAAAGGCCCCAACAAAGGCGAUAUUUUGAAUGGUGCCGUUGGUUGGACGAGGGAUCUAAUGUGGGCUAUGCAUGUCAAGCUUCAACAGGAAGAUGAGCUGGCGGAGUUGAUUACCUCCCUUGGUGGAACUUGGCCAUUCGAGCAAACCGAAGAGGAGAAGCGCAUGCGCACUGAACUUAUUGAUGCCAUGGAGAAGAAUGACCCGAAUACCUUCUCGUACAGUCGAGCACCCGGAAGUGGGCUCCGUGUUCCCAAACAUACCAACAUUGCUGGAGAGGCUUUACAGCCCGAUAUCUUGAGCCCACAGAGCCUCAGCCCGGCCUUUCACAGUGGCGGGAGCGGAACCAACAGUGGUGGAGCUCAGCCGCAAUACUGGAAUACAUCUGGCCAUGCUGGGAUGAGCUUCAAAGAGGAAGACGAAUAUUCUAUGGAGAUGAAUUAGGAUCUAGUCACACAGCUUUAACAUUUCCUCUUUGAUUCGAAUAUUCACGGUCUCGAUAGGUUGCAUGGCUGGCGUUGGUCCAUGAGGUGGCAGAGUCUGGUUUAGGGGGCGUUUUGUGUCCGACCGGACCUUUUUUAACAGCAUUUGACCCGAUUUCUUUCUCAACAUCUGUUGCAUUUCAAUUUGACUGGUUUUGUGUUUGUCGUUGAUAUUUUCUCAUCUAUUUACGUUUGAUAUCUUGCAUAUUUACUCUUAUUGCGUACAUUUGUUUUGUUCCUUUACUUGCUCCUCCGUGAUUUAUUUUUUACCCCCUAUUCUUUCUUGUUGUAUCUCUAUUUAAUACUGGAAGGAGACAUCGUCGAUUUCCUACUUAUCCUAUUCACCUAACUAUGUUUCUCGCCCCUCCGCUCCGCUCUCGCAACGCAUCCCUUUUGUUUAUCAAUUCCGCAAUGCGAAGCCAGACAGUUCAUAUUCACUGUGAUUUUUAUUCUUGUUAGUUCCCUCUGAUUUCUUCCACCCCCUUUUUUGUUCGGCCCAUGUGUUUAGCUUAUGCGGUGGAAUUUUAUUCCAACAUCGAUACCCUCCCCCUUUUUUUUCUUUUUCCUUUUCGCCCUUUCCUUGUCGAUGCCCUUGAAACGUCACGUUUAUAUAAUCUAUUUCCCCCUAUUUUUAUGUUUUAAAUACAUUGCUUUUUUAACCUUGCAUAUUUCUUUGAUAAUAUAUUAUUCUGUUAUAUAUCCUUCUGCGAAUUCAUUUCCCUUUUUCGCGUAUUCUAUUCUGGCGGAGAGGAAUUUCCCAGAGAGCAGCGGGGCGCGGGUCGUUGUAUUUCCAUGGCCCAGUUGCAUUUUUCCAUAGUUUUCAUAUCUUUUCAUUUUCAUUUUCAUUUUUUUUUUCUUCCCUGGGGGGUUUGCGUGGUUCAACCGUUGUUCGCUAUGGCGGUUUAUUUUAUUUGAUAUUUUAUUCGAUAUUAUAGCGUACAGUACAUUUUACCAUGCAUUAUUUUAUUUUAUUUUUUAUAGUCCCGUUCUUUUUGACAUCUUAACCUUGCCUAUUUGACAUAACAUAUUUAUUUACAUACAUUAUCAGAGUACUUAAUAUAUAUAUUUUUAGCCUAACUUAUUUA